AUGCCUGUUGCUUGUUCCAGUUCUGGCAUCUCCCUUUUGGUCUCAGUAUACUCUAGGGGUUUUGAAUACCACUUGAAGCAUUUGGAAGAAACAUUACAAUUGCUAAUAGUUGCUGGCUUAAAGUUAAAUCCAGAGAAGUGCACCAUCGCUCCCACAAGCCUCAACUUCCUAGGAUUAGCUAUCUCUCCUGAAGGUGUGGCACCAAAUCGUGAGAAAGUAGUUGUGAUCAUGGAGACACCAGCACCAAGGACCAUUAAAGAAGUCCGAUGUGUUCUUGGGGCAACAGGUUUCUUCAAGAAACACACAGAAGGUUAUGCCAACAAUGCCGCCCCACUUCACCUAAUAUUGAAAAAGGGACAACGAUGGAAAUGGGAGGAAGAACAGCAACAGGCUUUUGUUAAACUAAAAGGAAAGCUUGCUACAGCACCUGUUCUAAAGCAGCCAGACUUCACACGACCGUUUGAACUCCAUACUGAUGCUAGUAGUCUUGCCUUUGGAGCUGUCCAUCAGAGGUAUGACCAAGGAGCCAUCACGUAUUAUAGCAGGAAGCUGAGGGAUCCUAAAUCACGAUAUCCGGUUUGUGAAGCCCUAGCAGUGGUUAAAUGUGUCAGGGUGUUCAACCCUUAUUUGUAUGGCCCAGCACACCAAGUCACCGCGAAUGACGAGAAUGAAAUUAGGUAUAAGGAAGGUCCCACAAACUAUGUGGCUGACUUACUGUCACAUCAAGUUGCUCCUGUAGAUAUAAAUAAACUGUCUGCCGAGAAACUUGCCAAGGAACAGUACAAGGAUUUCAAGUUUAAAGAUAUACUGUGUUAUCUACAAGAAGAAACCUCUCAGGGUCGUCAAAAGCCUUCAUUGUCACACCUCGUUCGGAUGCGGCCUCCUCCUGGGGAACCCACAAAGCCUAAUAAGAAGCUGCCAAUGUCUCUGUCUGACCUUGAUCUAAAGGAUGGAAUCCUAUACCGUUUGAGGCACCUGCCAGAACGAGUUUCAAUGGAUAUUCUGGAUGUAAGUCAAGUGACAAUGAAGUGGGUUUUAACCAUUGUUGACCAACCUAUCCACUUCAUUCAUAUUGUCCCAAUGAAGGAUAUCACUGCUUCCAGAGUACACAAAGCUUUCUUGGACCACUGGGUGACCUAUUUUGGUUCACCUCUUAUCAUCCAAACUGAUAGUGGGAGGCAAUUUCAGAUAUUCAAUGAACUUGUUGAGCUGCUCCAGUCCUCACACCACUACACAAUUCGAUACCCCCGUCAGGCAAAUGGGCUUGUAGAGCGUACAAACCAGGUUGUGAACUCUGAGAUCAGUUGUUGGAGAUCGCCCAAGUACCUGAAAGGCUCAGGACUACCCGGCGUGCAGCUGUCAACGCUUCAGGGGACGCACAAGGAUCUUGACUCUGGAAAGAUUCUACAAGCUUACCUAAACCACCUUCGACCUUACCCUCUACCACUAGAACUGUCUUAUGCUAAUGAUGCUGCUCCAGAAGUUGAGGAUGAACCAGUGAGUGACAACCCUUGGGUUGCAGUCCUGACAUCUUGUGUACAAGAUCCUGCCUUUUCACACACUGAAAUGAGGUGUGAUAUUAGCUGCAGUCAUUUAGAGACAUUGUUUCACUGUGCCUUUGGCUUAGUGCCACACAGGAAAAAGGAAUGGUGUUAUGAAUUGGUAGGGACCUCAGUGCCAGAGAGUUCCGGUCUAGUCAUUCUGGCUUGA